AUGCCUUCUUCGACGAACGAAUGGGCCAAAGCAGAAAAGGAAAUAGUCCAAGAUCAGCAACUUCAAGAGAAAGUCACCAACGAGGAGUUCAAAAUAUGGAAAAAGACAGUGCCCUUAUUGUACGAUUUGAUCCACACAUUUGCAUUGGACCACCCGUCAACAAUUGUCGAAUGGUUACCUAAAGUUGAAAACGUUGAUGAUGACAAGGUUGAAGUCCAGUUCCUACUAAGCUCAAACACAAUCAAUGCAAUGGAGAACUCAUUGGAACUAGCUUCAAUUACUUUGUCUUCUACUUUAAUUGGCCAUGACGCCAUUUCAGUCCCAGCUGAUGGGGUAGACACUUCAAACUUCAAGAGAAUAACCAAAUGGAAACAAAAUUCAGUAGCUAAUGCAUUGAAAUUAUCUCCCGAUGGAUCUACUGCUUUGUCGUUUAAUGGCGAUGGCAUUAUCCAUGGGUACAAUUUGACCAGUGAUAUAGUUGUCGACUACAAGUAUCAUAAACAAUCAGGAUUUGCUUUAGAGUGGAUCAAGGACAACGAUAAUAAUAGUGAGCGAUUCUUAUCGGGGGCUAAUGAUUCGCAAAUUGCCUUGUGGCAACUUGACAAACCAUCUACUCCUAUUCAACUAUUCAAAUCUCACCAUGGCGCAAUCAAUGAUAUUUCAACUAGUGACGCUAAUAUCUUUGGUUCGGUGAGUGACGAUUCAACCACACAAAUCCAUGACUUAAGAGCAUCAUCCAUAGCCAGUGGUGGUGUGGGAGACUAUGCCAACCCUGCUAUCAAAGUUGACAACAAAUUUAUUCAAAAUUGUAUCAAGUUUCAUCCCCAAAUUAACACCCUUUAUGCAACUGCUGGUAAAGAUAAUGUUGUGUCGUUGUACGAUGUAAGAAAUUAUAAACAACCAUUUAGGAAAUUGUUUGGCCAUAAUGAUGCCAUAAGACAAUUGGAAUGGGAUUGGUCAAAUCCAUCGACUCUUGUGUCGUGCGGGUUGGAUUCAAGAGUUAUAUUCUGGAAUUUGGAAAAUUUGGAAGAAGAUUAUUCGUAUCCUGAUGCCAAUGCCAAUAGUAGUGAGACCUCGAAACGGAAAAACCAACAGGCUAAUAAGCCAGAUCCGUGUUUGAAGUAUGUCCAUGGUGGACAUGUGGGUAGAAUCAAUGAUUUUGCCAUACAUCCCAAGAUCCCCCAUUUGUUUGCCAGUGUUGGUGAUGACCGAUUGUUGGAGAUUUGGAAACCAAAAACAUUACCAGUAGAAGAAGAAGAGGUGGACGAGGAGCAGGAAGAGGAAGAAGAGCAGAAAGAAGAGGAGAAGGAAGAGGGACAAGAACAAAAGAAUGCUGGCGACGAAGAACAGGAGAAAGAGAAAACAGCACAAGAGGAGAAGGAAAAGAGUCCUGAUGCCGAUGCUGGCAAAUCCCCUAAAGAUGAAGAAGAUGGUGAAGAGGUUUCGCUGUCAAAGGAUGUUGAAAUGAAAGAUUAA